UCCCCGGCCCUCUCACUUUCUUCUCUCUCGGCAUUGGCAACGGCGGCAAUCAACCGACUACACGCAGCAGCGCCGACAGCACCACCGGACCUAUUCUCCUAGUCUUCUCCGGUUGUCCCGACAGAACGCACCACGCAUCAGGGUCGACGACCACGACGCCAACAACACGCACCUCGGCCUCUCCCUUUUCUUCGGUUAUCGCCGACGACAGUGUAGCUCAGCCCAGCAGGUACCGGCAAUGGUUUGGUCUGGUCACCACGAGGCUCUCUUCAUCGUGGGGGUUGACGGCCGAGGUGUGUAGCGGAAAAUUGUAACUCUUUUUUUCUUUUAAUUUCUGAUUUUGUUGAGGGGAGGGAAGAACCAGUCUCAUCUAACAGUUAAGCUUUUGACUUGUGUUGAGGAAGGGGAAUGGCUUUUGAAUCUGCUGGUUUAGAAGAAUGUUAUGUUCCUCCAUUAAAGCUUAACGACAUUGGCAAUAGUAUGCUUUGUGAUUUGUCAAUUCAUAUUGUUACCAUCCAAAAUCAUGAGAUAUUUUCCAUUGAUCAGCCAACGGUCCUUUCUAUCAUCGUUUGCGCCAAACUCAACAACUUUAAAAACUUUAUGCUCCAAUGGUCGACUGAGAGAAGCUUUGUUUGAAAUGGCGGUUCAAGGCCUUCAAGUUGAGUUCCCAGAAUACGAUACCGUACUGAAUGAGUGUGUUAACCAAAGGGCUGUUAGAGAAGGCCAAAGGGUUCAUGCCCACAUGACCAAAACUUGUUACCAUCCUCCUGUGUACUUGUGGACCCGCUUGAUUGUCUUCUAUACGAAAUGUGAUUGUAUUGCUGAUGCACGGAAAGUGCUCGAUGAAAUGACUUUAAAAAAUGUGGUGUCAUGGACAGCGAUGAUUUCAGCUUAUUCCCAGAGGGGGCAUACCUCUGAAGCCUUGAAUCUUUUUAUUCAAAUGUUAAGAUCAGGUACAGAACCAAAUGAGUUCACUUUUGCAACUGUUCUAACUUCAUGUAUUGGUCCUGAGGGAUUUUACUUAGGAAAGCAAAUCCAUUCUUUUAUUUUGAAAAGAAAUUUUGAGUCACAUAUAUUUGUUGGGAGCUCGCUGCUUGACAUGUAUGCCAAAGUUGGUAGGAUUCAUGAAGCUCGAGGGGUUUUUGAAUGCUUGCCAGAAAGGGAUGUUGUCUCUUGUACCGCAAUAAUCUCUGGCUAUGCACAACUGGGUUUUGAUGAAGAGGCAUUGGAAUUAUUUCGUCAGUUACAAAAGGAAGGAAUGGUUCCCAACUAUGUUACUUAUGCUAGCCUAUUAACGGCGUUAUCUGGACUUGCUGCACUAGAUCUUGGAAAACAAGUCCAUAGCUGUGUCGUUCGAUCUAAACUGCCUUCGUAUGUGGUUCUUCAAAAUUCUUUGAUUGAUAUGUAUUCAAAAUGUGGAAAGCUCACUUACUCGAGAAGGAUUUUUGAUAGUAUGACUGAGAGGACUGUUAUCUCAUGGAAUGCCAUGAUUGUAGGAUAUAGUAAACACGGAAUGGGAAGAGAGGUGGUUGAGCUUUUUGAUUUAAUGAACUUAGAAAACAAGGUGAAGCCUAAUUCUGUCACUUUUUUGGCUGUUUUAUCUGGUUGCAGCCAUGGAGGGAUGGAAGAUAAAGGGCUAGAAAUUUUUUAUGAGAUGACAAAGGGAAAAUAUGGAACUAAACCAGAGAUGAUGCAUUAUGGUUGUGUUGUUGAUUUGCUUGGUCGUUCCGGCCGAGUAGAUGAGGCUUUUGACUUUAUCAAUAAAAUGCCUUUCAAGGCAACAGCUGCUAUAUGGGGUUCUCUUUUAGGUGCUUGUAGAGUUCAUUCCAAUAUUGAUAUUGGUGAAUUUGCAGGUCAACGACUUCUAGAAAUCGAGCCUGAAAAUGCUGGGAAUUAUGUCAUUCUUUCUAAUUUAUAUGCUUCUGUUGGAAGAUGGGAAGAUGUAAGAACCAUUAGGGAGUUUAUGAAAGAAAAGGUUGUGGUAAAGGAACCGGGAAGAAGUUGGAUUGAGAUUGAUCAAAUUCUUCAUACGUUUCAUGCAAGUGAUCGUUCUCAUCCAAGACGAGAAGAGGUUAAAACAAAGCUAAAGGAAUUAUUUGUGAAGUUUAAGGAAGUUGGUUAUGUUCCGGACUUAAGCUGUGUCUUAUAUGAUGUGGACGAGGAGCAAAAGGAGAAGAUUCUCCUAAACCACAGUGAAAAACUGGCACUGGCUUUUGGUCUGAUUACUACUUCUGAAGGAUCAUCUAUCCGUGUUAUAAAAAAUCUCCGAAUUUGUGUUGAUUGCCAUAAUUUUGCGAAGAUUUUCUCGAAAGUAUAUGGAAGAGAAGUGUUUCUCAGGGAUAAAAAUCGGUUCCAUCGAAUUGUAGGAGGAAUCUGCUCGUGUGGAGACUACUGGUGAGAUUUAGUUGAAUGUGUUGGUUUCAGCUGAACUUUUCUCCCUGAUUUGUAAAUAUGAAGAACGUAUUUAACAUAUGGCAUGUAAAGGAAAAGUAAAGUUUGACCAAUGGGAAGUGGUAAUACGAGGAACGGCUAUGGAAAGAACUAUAUUGGUUGCUGCUGAGUCAGAGUUGGACAAAAAAAACUAUCAAGUUAUCCAAACGAAUUCAUGGAUCACAAUGUUGGUGAUCUGAUUGUGAAAACAUGGGAACAUAAGGUGGCACAAGGUGAUAAUACCAAAUAUAAACGAGUCUCUUUGUAUUCUCCAUGUAUUGUGGAGUUUACCUAUAAUUCCACAACACGUGUCAUGUGUGGGGUGACUAGUUAUCUUCUUUGGUAUCCUAUGGGAAUAAAAUUGAAAAUAAAUUUAAGAGGUUAAGAGUACUAUGUGUUUGAAAGCACCAAGUGCUUUGCAGGACUGUGAUUCCUUGUUGAUUUCAUUGUGUAUAUGCUGUAUUUGUCUUCCUCACAAUGAAUUGAUCUCUGUACAAUCUUGGUAGCUGGGAAGAUUUUACGACGAGUAUCCCUCGUACAUUAUCCAGAGCCUCGUGAAUUGAAACAAGCUAGUUCCAGCAAACAUAUGAAUCACAAGUCUUCUAGCAUUUCAAUGGCCAAUUCUUCCCAUCAUGUUGGAAUACCUGCACAAAGUAGU